UCUGUUGCAUAUAUUGCUCGAAGACCGGCUAUGUACUCAGAAAGGGGACUUUGAGAGUCCAAUUGAAUCAUGAAGCUUGUAAGGUUCAUGUGGAGCGUAGGACUGACCUUGCUCUUGAGUGUCACAACUGUCACAGCAGCUCCUAAGGAUUCUCUUAUCACAAGCGUACCGGGCUUUACUGGCAGUCUCCCCUCUCAGCAUUAUGCAGGGUACGUGACCAUAGAUGGGAAUCCUGCAGGGGAGAAGAACCUAUUUUACUACUUUGUGGCUUCGGAAAGAGAUUCUUCCAAGGAUCCCGUGGUGCUGUGGCUCAAUGGUGGGCCUGGAUGCUCCAGUUUUGAUGGGUUCGUCUAUGAACAUGGACCAUUCAAUUUUCAACCAGGAAAUUCAGGAGGGAGCUUUCCCAUAUUGCAGCUCAAUCCUUACAGCUGGUCCAAGGUUUCAAACAUCAUUUACUUGGAUUCACCCUGUGGGGUUGGAUUAUCUUACUCCGACAAUCCUAGCAAUUAUGUGACUGGGGACAUUCAAACUACCUCUGAUACACACGCCUUCCUGCUCAAGUGGUUCGAGUUGUAUCCCGAGUUCCAGGCCAAUCCAUUCUACAUUUCAGGAGAGUCCUAUGCUGGAGUUUAUGUACCGAUGCUUGCCUCAGAAGUGAUAAAAGCUAUAGAAGGCAACCAACAGCCCUCCAUCAAUUUUAAGGGCUACCUUGUGGGGAAUGGGAUAGCAGACGACGUCUUUGAUGGCAAUGGUCUUGUCCCAUUUGCUUUUGGUAUGGGAUUAAUCUCAAUUGACAUUUUUGCGGAUUGUCAAGCAACAUGCCAAGGGAAGUACUAUGACCCGCCAAAUCCAACUUGUGAAAAAAACCUCAGGAGAGUUAGUCAGGUUCUGCUAGGUCUGAACUUCUACAAUAUCCUCGAGCCUUGCUACCGAUAUCCAAGUGUAGCUGAAGGAAAUCAAAGCUCUGGUGGCCCUUCAAGCUUCAGGCAAGGUAGGCUGACCAAUACAAAGCAUCUCACCAGAAUGUCUAGUGGUAGACACUUUGUCCGUUCUUCGGGACGGGAUGGAAGAGUUCCCUUAGACUCUCAGUUGGAACCUGAAUUUCAUGUUCCCUGCAUUAACGAUGACCUUGCCACUGCAUGGCUGAAUGAUGAAACUGUUAGGAAAGCAAUUCAUGCAGCUCCGGCAAGUGUGGCAGGUUCAUGGACGAUAUGUGCUGAUCGGGUGGAUUACACAACCGAGGUUGAUAGUAUGCUACCCUACCACAAGAAUCUGACAGCCAGGGGAUAUCGUGCUCUAAUCUACAGCGGAGAUCACGAUAGUGUUGUACCAUUCACUGGAACCCAAGCAUGGACUAGAUCAUUGGGAUAUAAGAUCGUUGAGCAAUGGAGAUCGUGGUUGUCCAAUGAGCAAGUUGCUGGGUACUUGCAAGCAUACGACAAGAACCUCACAUUCUUAACCAUCAAGGGAGCAGGACAUAUGGUCCCCCAGUACAAGCCAAGGGAGUCCUUAGACUUCUUCACUCGUUGGCUAGACGGAAAACCAAUCUAAACAUACGCAGAAACUGUAAUUUGUGCCGAUUAGCAAGUGGAAUGGAACUCGUUGAAUAAGGAAGAACCCAUCGUUUCAAGUCCUUUUUUCUUUUCCUAAUGAUAGAAACUGUAAUGGGUUUCAAUGAUACAUACACGAAAAAUGUGAUCUGCAAUCAAAUGCAUGAGAGAGAGCGGUGCCACUAUGCUGAAAACUCAAACCACUUUCUUUAUACAAAUAGACUGUAUCUUACACACUUCGAAUCAAGAAGGAACAUAAAUUGAACGGGCUAAAAGUUACAAUAUGAUAUACUGGUGUGUAAUCAAAUGCAUGAGAGAG